AUGAGUAAUUUCAUUUCCAAUUUAAGAUCAAUAGAUUUUUUUGGAGCUCCUUUAGUCUAACAUAUAGAUAGAGACUAAUCAAUUUAUAAAAGCAUUUUUGGUGGAAUUAUGACAUUGUUGAUUUGCUCAGCUAGUCUUUCAUAUGCUAUCUGGGUUAUUUAUUCAUGGUAAACGAAUUAAUAUAGCCCUAAAAUUUCAAGUUCAGCCUAUGUUUCCAAUUUAGAACUUUUAGAUUUGAACUAUGAUGUUAUAAAAUUUUAUUUUUGGAGAUAAGAUGAAGAAAUGAUUGAUCCAUUUGAGCAUAAAAUUCUUCUUCCUUUAUUAACUUAUGCUGAAAAUUAUACCUUAAGAGACAAAUAGGUAUUGGAAAUAUCCAAUUAAACAACACCUUUUGGAAGCAGAUACAUUAUUCCAAAAAUGAAAAUAGGAUAAACGAAUUUCAAUGGAAUUUUGAUGACUACGUCUGAAAUGUACAUUUAAAUAGUUAAAUGUUCACCUGAGCUUUUAAAGGAAGGAGAACAAUGCGCAUCUGAAGAAAUUGCUAAUUAAUUUUAUAGUCAACAACUAAAUACAAUCGUUGCUGAAUUAUAAUACAAAUAACUUGAUUCAAAAGAUGGAUCAAUAACAUCAAGUGUUUAGGAAUUGCUUAUCUAAUUAGAAGAAUCUAAUUGCUAUACUUUAAAUACUUAUAUAUAAAGUAGUUUUUAUGAAGUUAAAAAUUCAUUGUUAUUUGGAUCUCCAGAAUAUUUUGAAUUUGUAAAUGGAGCUUUAAUUUAACCAUAAACAAAUUCAGUAUAAUAUUGUAAAUAAGCAUAUGGAGACGAAACUUAUGCUCUUCUCUACAUAGGAAUUAAAGGAAAUUAAGUAAAAACUAUUUUUGAAUAUCCAAAUGCAGGUGAUUUAUUAGCUAACAUUGGUUCAAUUAUCUCAGUUUUAUUUUUGUUUAGACAUGUUAUACUAUUUUUAAACUCCUAUUAUUUAAAUGAAAAAAUAGUUCAUGAUGUCAUUUCCUUUUAUUAUCCUUAAUUUUCUUAGCUAAAGAUUUACAAAAAUUGGAAAAGAGAUAUCACUAAAGUUUAUCUUUAAAAUUAAGAACUCGAUUUAAAAAAAUUCAUAGCAUUUUAUCAAAAUAUUAAAUAAAAGAUAGAACAAAAGCUUACAUUUGUUAAUUUGCUUUAUGAGAUUUCAAGAGUUUAUAUUUUAAUUCGUGCUAACAAAUUAAAAUGUGAAAUAAAAAAAUCUCAUCUUAUAGGAUUAAGACUUGAACAUUUGGAAUUAAAUAAUUUUCCCUUAGAACCAUCUCCUAGAUCUUGCUGUAGUUCUAGAGAAAUUGAGGAGCAAACGCUGAAUGAUGAAGAUAUUACGAUUCUUUCUUUAUACGAACGUUAAAUUUAGGCCAAAAAUCCUUUUCCUGAUGAAGAAGCUGAUUUAAUCAAUUUCUAUGAUAUAAAUAAAAUAAAAUAGUGA